AUGGCGCUGUCUGAUGUCACCAAGGAGCGCAUAACGAGCGCACAACAGCUAGCACAGACCAUCAUUCAUUGGGGCUGGGUGCCUCUUGUCGUCUUUGUCGGCCUCCGAUCGGCGCCGAACACGAGCUUCAUCAAGUACGCUGAUCAGUCCGCUAGCGUGAUGAUGAGGACGAGGGAUGGACAGGACAGGGACACCACUCUGGAAUAG